AUGGUGAAGGAAACCAAACUUUACGAUACGCUCAGCAUCAAGCCCACCGCCACUCAAGACGAAAUAAAAAAGGGCUACAGGAAAGCAGCUUUGAAGUUCCAUCCCGAUAAAAACAAGGACGAUCCAGCAGCUGCUGAGAAGUUUAAGGAAUGCUCACAAGCAUACGAAAUUCUGUCCGAUCCCGAGAAGCGCCAAGUAUACGAUCAGUAUGGCCUUGAGUUCCUGCUUCGCGGCGGAAGUCAGGCCCCUCCACCCGGUGCCGACGGCGGCAACCCGUUUGCCGGCGGUGGCAUGCCUGGAGGCUUUGAUUUUGGUGGCGGCGGUAUGCCCGGCGGUGCGCGAAGCUUCCACUUCAGUAGCGCUGGUGGAAGUGGCCCUGGAGGCUUUUCGUUCAACAAUCCCCAAGAUAUCUUUGACGAAUUUCUGCGCGGAGGUGGCAUGGGCGGCAGCAUGAGCGGCGGAAUGGGUGGCGGCAAUUUCGAUGACUUCUUUGACGGCGGUAUGCCUCGAUCUGGUCGCCCAAGAGCCAGACAAUCUGGGGGGCAUCACCCUCGAUCGCACACCCCCGACAUUUCAACUGUUGAACGGCCAUUAGCACUGACUCUGGAAGAGAUGUUCAACGGCGCCAAAAAGAAGAUGAAGAUCAAGAGCAAGACUUUUGACGAAACCGGCAAAAUCAUCCCAACGGAGAAGAUCUUGGAGUUGCCGAUCAAGCCUGGAUUGAAGAAGGGCUCCAAGUUCAAGUUCCCCGGCGUUGGUGACCAAGUGGACGGCAUGGGCCGCCAGGAUUUGCACUUUAUUGUUGAAGAGAAACCGCACGCACUAUUCAAGCGUGAGGACAACGACAUCUCAUACACACUUACGCUAGAGCUCAAAGAGGCACUCACAGGCUGGAAGCGUUCUGUCACCACGAUUGACGGCAAGCAGAUCAACCUUGACAAGGGUGGCCCGACUAGACCAGACAGCGAAGACCGCUACCCCGGCCUUGGCAUGCCCAUCUCGAAGACACCAGGCAAGAGGGGCGACUUUAUCAUCCGCUACAAGGUCAACUUUCCGACGUCACUGACAACGAGCCAAAAGGAGCAGCUGCGCACGAUUUUGUAA